CCCAUUUCACAACCGCCACACACUUUCCUUCAUUUCAACCAAACUCUUCUUCGCUCUUUCCUUCCUUCUUUUCAUCGUUAUUUCUCUCUCUGCGUUAAAAAAGAAAGGUAAAGCCAAAACGGAACCGCAUUCUUCAAAGCAAAAGUGCCUGCCAUGAUGCAACAACAUGAACCUUCUUCUUCUUCUUCUUCUUUUUCUUUACACGUGUCACCAUCUCCCAGCUUCAGCAGCUACUCCUCCGAAACUCUCGCCGAUAUCGCCGCCCGCGUCAUCAACGAGCUCCGCCAAAACCCUCACCAAAACGACGCCGCUUCCGUCCUCGAAGACGACGACGACGACUCGCUCUUCCCGCCCUGGGAAAAUGAAAACGACAACCACCGCCACCAAAACGACGACAAAGCCAACCAAAACGACGACGAUGACUUCGAGUUCACGUUCGUUUCAAGAGAACAAAACACUUCGCCAAUUUCCGCAGAUGACAUUUUCUACAACGGUCAGAUCAGGCCUCUGUACAUGUACCCUCUCUUCGGCGCUCCUUUAAGAAACGACAUCAACAACGCCGUCGUUUCUUCUGUUUAUUCUCAACAAGAGGCUCCCGUUCCCGUUAAUUACGACGAUGCUUCCACAACGAUUCAGCGUCGUUUGCCUCUAAGGAUGCUGAUGUUCGAGGAAUCGUGUUCGUCUGAAAACGACAGCGUCGUGGACGAAGAUAACAGUCUCGAAAGAGUUCCCGAAGGAACGUACUGCGUUUGGAAUCCAAAUAACGCGAAAGUAGCUGCGAGGGACAGGAAUAACAAGAAGAGCAACUCCACUGGCACCUCUUCUUCGAAACGGUGGAAGAUUCGAGAACUUCUUCUUAGGAGCCACAGCGAUGGAAAGGGCAACAAGAAUAGGGGUAGUACCAGUGGUAACGGUAACGGUGACGGUGGUGGUGGUAGUGGUAGUGAUCUUGAUAAGAAGCGUGAUUUUGUGUUUGGAGUUACGAGCAAGAGGACAAGCAAGGUUGCGGCGGCGAAGGCGGGAUCUGGUGACGGUUACGGCGGCGCGUCGGUGGAGCGUGAUGGAAAGAGCGGUAGGAAGUCGGUGUUUCCGUAUAGGCAGGAGUUGAUUGGAAUUUUCGCAAAUGUCAAUGGGGUUGGUCGUAAUUUGCACCCCUUUUAAUAUCAAUUUUAAUGAUAUUUAAUUAUUUAGAGUA